AUGUUCCCUCCACCGGGGUUUUCCUUCCAGGGGGCCGAGAGGGAUGGAGGAACAGGGGAUGUGGAGAGGUGUGUGUUUCCCUUCUUCGCUGGCACCAGUCUCUCCCCCGCCAGCCUGCUGUCACUCAAACCAGGUCAGUUUAGUUCAGCGGUGACUCUGCUAGAGUACUACUGCUAUAAGAACAGCUGGGCUCUUCCUGAGUACUACCUCUACUCUACGCCGGGACAAGAGGGGAAGCUACUGCUCAUAUACAAGGUGGUGAUCUCGUCUACGAGGAGUAGCUUCAUGCCAGACAAGGUGUGUACGGUGUUGGAGGACGCUAAGGAGCUGGCAGCACAGAACGCACUCUGGAACCUGGACUGUUCCUUCCUCAACGGUAGUUCCCCCGGAUCACUCUCUCCUCCUCUUCCUCCUCUCUCCUACGGUUCUCUCUCGCCUCCUGUCUCCAACGGUCCCGGUCUCCUCUCAUACGGCUGUACCAGAUCCUUCCCCUUUUCUCCUUACCCCCUCUCCCCUCUCUCCCCCACCCUCCCCACCGCCCCACAGAGACUCUAUAUUCCCCCUAACCAGAACCCCGCCUUCUUCUGAUCAUCCACUGUGGGAGAGGAGCAGACAGAGGGAGAGAGAGGAGGGAGGUAGAGGUGAACAACCUCUCCUAUGUGCCCUAGUUAGUUUACUGAGCCGUUUUACGUUUGUGUUGAUGUUUUGGUUGGUUUAGUUUUUUGGGUUGUUUGGUUUUCAAGAGAUGGCCAUUUUGUAAUUCAUAUGUUAAGUUCAGGAAAAUCCUGAAGGUUUUAAACUCAGGAAGGGCUGCAUUUAUUCUGCUCACAGUGUUACUCUAUGCAGCAUAGAUAAAUGCUAAGUGGGAUCCUUUGGACGUCUAACUCUGACGUCACCCCAUUGAAGUUGACAUUUAAAACUGUUAAGGUAAGGGUUAAGAAGAGAGUUACGUUUAGGGUUAAGGUAAGUGUAGGGGUUAAGGUUAGGGUUUAGGGUAGGGUCAUCCCAAGGAUCCCACUUAGCAUCUACUCAAACCCCCAUAGGUAAGGUAAACAAGGGAAUUAUAGAUCAAAUGCACAACUGAAUAAUUUACUUUAGCACUUAUUUCAUGUCUUGGCAAUAAUGAUACUUGAAUAGUAUUGACUUUUGACCAUAUUUAUUUAUAAACAUGAUUUAAAUAUUUUAUUGACCUUUUCUGACAUAAAUGUACUGUAUUUGACUGUAAUCCACAUAUUAUGCUUUAUUGCAGUAUAUUUAGGUUGUAUUGUAUCGUAUAAUGCUCUCAAUGAAGCCUAUAGAUUCAAAUAUCGAACAAGUCAAAAUUCUGUCCGAAAAUAUACUUAUAUUUUGUAAUUCAAUUAAUAAUUUACUUAUUUAUUUAUCUGCUAUUAGCAGUUGGUGAUUUUGAACAACAAAGUGAAAUCAAGUAAGCAGAUCGUAUCUAAAUCGGUAAGCGAUGUAUAAAGACAAUCCAAAAUGGCUCAACCACAUAAUAUAUUUAUUGAGAUUGAAAUAUUGAAUAUUAUUAAUAACAUUGAAACAUGGUGAUCAUCAAUAAGACAGCAUUGCCUCUCCUCUUAAAGAUUUUUUUAUUUUUUUUGUCAAAGCCCUUUAUCUACUUCCCCAGAGUCAGAUGAACUCGUGGACACCAUUUUUAUGUUUGUGUCCAGUAUGAAGGAAGUUAAGAGGUCGUUUCGCAAGCCAACGCUAACUAGCAUGCUAAGCAGAUACCCAUAGACUUCCAGUCAUUGCGCUAACGCUAGUUAGCGAUUGAUCUAGCGCUAGUUAGCAACUUUCUCCAAACUGAACGCAGAGACAUAAAAAUGGUGUCCACGAUUUCAUCUGACUCUGGGGAACUAGAUAAAGGGCCUCGUUGCAAAAAUUCAGAAGUAUCCCUUUAAGUUAAAUCUUAUACAACAACAAAAGUGACAUGUACUGUACCGGUGAUGCUGGUCCAUAUUGUCUCCCUUCGGUUGGUUUAGUUGACCGCCGGUAGCACACACAAACAUACACACACACACACCCACCGGUAAAUCAAUUUAAGAAGUUCUAUAUUUUUCUCCAGCAGUUGUGGUUUUGUUUGUAUCUAUGUUGUUACACUGGGUUGUUACGGUAACCCUAUUUAAAUUUCCUCCCAUGUUGUUCUCAUUGGGGUACUCAAGUUUUGUGAUGCGUCCCAAAUGGCACCCUGUUCCCUACAUAGUGCCCGAUGGGCCCUGAUCAAAAGUAGUGCACUAUAAAGGGACCAGGGUGCCAUUUGGGAGGAAUGUUUUUACUCUCAUAUACACACUGUUCACUUGGAACAUUUUAACUGGUUAUUGAGAUCAUGUUGAAUUUAAUAAACAAAUUUAAAUACA